UAUUUAGGUUCUAUGCUGGUAAAAGAGUUAAGAGGUACAGAGUCAACACAAGAUGCAUGUGCAAAGAUGAGGGUAAGUUGCCAGAAGUCUACAGAACAAAUGAAGAAAGUCCCAACCAUUGUCCUGUCUGUCUCUUACAAGGGAGUCAAAUUUAUUGAUGCAACAAAUAAGAAUAUUAUUGCUGAACAUGAAAUCCGUAACAUUUCCUGUGCUGCACAAGACCCUGAAGACCUUUCUACAUUCGCGUACAUCACUAAAGACUUGAAGACUAAUCAUCACUACUGCCAUGUAUUCACUGCGUUUGAUGUGGUCAGUUAUUAG